AUGGUUCCCCAUGGAAGUAAUUCCGCAGCGGAUGCCUUAGCAAAACUUGCAAAGGAAUUUGCAUGUCUUGAGGAAGAUUCCAUCCCUAUAGAGAUCCAGGGUCAUAAAGCCCUCUCUCUUACAGAUUUGGAACACAUUAGUAAGACUCCCCUUAAGAUCCUUUCUGCCUCUUCGACAACCGACGAAGAAGGCGAUUGGAGACGACCCUUAAUCGACUAUCUUAAAGAAAGGAAGCUUCCCCAGGAUAAAUCACUCUCCAACCAGAUUAAGAAAUGUGCCCUAUCAUACGCACUAGUCAACAAUUUGUUAUACCGUCGGUCCUUCGAUCACAUGUGGCUGCGCUGUUUGGACCAGCGAGAAGCCCUAAAGAUUGUUAAUGAGGUUUAUUCAGGACUAUGCG